UCGAGUCUGCAGUCUAUUUCCUUUGCUGAACUUCACUUCAAAGCAGAUACAUGACUCAACUCCGCAACACUGCAUCUAUAGGUGCAGCUCAAUGGAAAAUGUAUCUUAUCAAGGUCUUCUGUGUGAUAUAUUUCACUGCUGUUUGUGCAGCUCAGGAUCCUGAAGAUGCCACUGAAGUGUACAGAAGCAGCUUUCCAACCACUGUUGUGCCAGAAAUGACGGAGGCAACAACUGUUUAUAAGCCUGCCAUACCAUCUCUGCAGCAACAGUCAGCCUGGUUGGAAGUGUUUCCCUCUGAGAAAGUGGAGCUCAGCUGUGUCAGUGGCAGCUCUGACCUGAUCAUCACCUGGUACAAAAAUCAAGAACUACUAAAAGAUGCAAAUCCAAACGUGUCUAUAUCUGCUGACGGAUCAGUCCUCACAAUCACUGCGGCAACACAAAUGGCAGGAAAUUACAUCUGUAAAGUUCAUCACAAAACAAAGGGCGGUACCACUUCAAGUAGCAACUCACUUGAAGUUAAAGUUCAUGCAAACAACCCCAAGCUGACUAUGGCGCAAAAACCAGACUUUGACAAGAUGUACCCCGGAGAGUCUGUCACCUUCACAUGCAGGGUCGAGGAGGCCUCUGGAUGGGAAUAUCUGUGGUCCCAUAAUGGCAGUGUAAUUCAAGCACAAAAUACUCCUACUUAUGUAAUAAAUUCUAUAGAUCAUUCUAACAAUGGACAGUACCACUGCAAAGCCAAGAGAGGCAAAGACCCAUUCUACACAGAGGAGGGUAAAAAAUCUCUGCAGGUCUCUGACCCGCCUACACCUUCUCUGACGCUGGAGAGUACCUGGUGGGAUGUGUUCGAAGAUGAGCUAGUGUUGUUAAGGUGUGAGGUUGGCGACACAACCUGGAAGUACACCUUUUACAAAAAUGAACAGCAGCUCUCGCAUGACUCACUGAGAGAGCAGGACUCGGAUGAAGAUGGAUUAUUUCUCAAUAUCACUUCAGUCACUCAGACUGAUAAAGGAGAGUAUGCCUGCAAAGCUCACCAUAAUUCCAGGAAAGCCAGCUCUGGAUUCAGCAACAGAAUUAAUGUCAUGGUUUAUGAAAACACACCAGAACCAACAGUGAGCAAGGACCCUGAUUUUAACCCAAUGUAUGUUGGAGAAAAAGUGAACUUCACCUGCAAUGUUGGCGUGUCCUCUGGCUGGAGCUAUUGGUGGUACAAAGAUGGAAAUGACCUCUCACUACCUACCACCAACAAAACCAUCAGCAUUCAUCUUAGUCUUUCUGAUGGGGGGAAAUACUCGUGCCAGGCUACCAGGAGUGGAAAAACAUCAACAAACCACAGUGCUGAAAUAUCACAGGAGGUUCAUGAAAUUCCUGUUCCAUCUUUGAAGAACAUGACCCAGUGGUUGGAUGUGUUCCCCACUGAGAGUGUGAAGUUGAGCUGUAGGAUGGCUGAAGGCACUGGCUGGAGACAUACAUGGUACAAAGACGGACAGAAGGUCCAGGCUGAUAAUAUUGUGUCUUUUGACUCGGAUGGAGCAACUCUUUCCAUCAGCUCUGCUUCAGAUAAACAUGCAGGAAAAUAUACCUGUAUGGGACACCUCCAGGACAGGUUUGUCCGCAGCAGCCCAAGUUCUGAACUUACUCUCACUGUGUAUGAUAAGAAACCAAGUGUCACACUGACACAGGAUCCAGAGUACAAGGUGAUGUUCCCUGAGGAAUCAGUCUCCUUCAGCUGUCACAUCAAUGUCUCCACUGGAUGGGAGUACCUGUGGUAUAAAGAUGCCACUGAACUUGUAUCUGAAAAAAAAUAUUCAAUCAACUCUGUUAAGACAUUAAAUGGAGGAUCAUAUACAUGCAAAGCAAAAAGAGGCAGGAAUCAAGUCUUCAUCAGUGAUUCUAGUCAGGAAAUACACCUUAAAGUCGAAACACAAAAGCCGAAGACCUUGAUGACUCGAAAUCCAGAUGUUAACAAGGUGUAUGCUGGAGAGUUAGUGUCCUUCAAAUGUAAAGUUCCAGGCUCGUCUGGUUGGGAGUAUCAGUUGGUCAAAAAUGGAGCAGAACUUUCUUACAACAGUGGCUUUGAAAUCCAUAAUGCUGGUUCAUCAGAUAGUGGGACUUAUGAGUGCAAGGCCAAAAGAGACAAAUCAACGUACUAUGCCGAGCAUAGUGGUACAUGGAACUUACAAAUAGUUGAAAUUCCUGUUCCAUCUUUGACGAUCACGACCCAGUGGUUGGAUGUGUUCCCUUCUGAAAGUGUGAAGUUCAGCUGUAGGAUGGAUGGCAGCUCUGACUGGUCGUAUAUAUGGUACAAAGACGGACAGAAGGUCCAGGCUGAUAAUAUUGUGUCUUUUGACUCGGAUCAAACAACUCUUUCCAUCAGUUCUGCUUCUGCCUCACACCGUGGACAAUACACCUGCUCAGCGAAGCUCAAGCUCAAGAACCGGUCUGUCUUCAGCACCAACAGUUCUGGACUAACACUCAGGGUUUAUGAUACCAAACCCAGAGUCACACUGAUGCAGCAUCCCGAGCACGAUGUGAUGCACACUGAAGAUUCAGUCUCCUUCAGCUGUCACGUUAAUGUCUCUUCUGGAUGGGAGUACCUGUGGUACAAAGAUGGGACUCCACUCGCCGAAUCCGAAAACAGUCAUAACAUCAGUUCUGUCGUGAGGGCAAACACGGGAUCAUAUUCAUGCCAAGUUAAAAGAGGAACAAAUGAAGUCUUCCAGUCAGACCAGAGUCAGGCUGUCAGGCUCAAUGUCAAUGAGCGCCCACAGGCUCACAUAAUCCUGUUAACUGGCUGGUCAGAGGUCUUUGCAACUGACAGCUUGGUGCUCAAAUGUGAGGUGCGGGAAAGCACGGACAUGUGGAACUACACAUGGUUCAAGGAGGGAAAACAAAUCGAUCUGCUUGAUCUGCCUGAGAAGCACACAGUCACACCCCAGAACGACCCUAACCAGAGCCUGUACACCUGCUAUGGCGUCCGCAAUGGGAGACCAUCUUAUUCAAAACACAGUGAUUUUUUCAAGACCAAGAGCCUUCUUUUGAAGAGGAGACUGCUUCUUGCCAUCUCUGGCUUACUCUUCUUUGGCCUCAUUGCUGUCUUCCUCGGAUGCAUUGUCCUCAGAGUCCUCCGUAAACCAGCUGAUGAUGAUGACAAGCCAGAAGAGGAAAACCUUUUUCUCACGAUGGCUCAGAUGAAGGACCGUACUGAUGCACCUUGUCCGUUGGUUGAGUACAUCACCGAUGCAUCACUGAAUGCACCAUCUAAAGAAGUGGAUGAGAAUGGCACAAGUUGCAGUGAAACAACACCACUACCCAUCACCACACAGGAGGACAAAGCUGUGACGACUGAGGGCACAGAAGAAAACAACGGAGGGUUAGUUUCCUUCAAACAAUGAGUCACUGAGGAUGUUUCCAUGUCAGUUUAGUAGUUAAUCAUUUACAGGCUGAAGGUCUAUAGACUUUCUACAGGCUUUAAUGGUCAUUUUUGAGUGUAUGGAAGCUGGAGAGACAGUUUAGCUAUUGUACGAUGCUUAUUACUUGCAAAAAAUUAAAGAGACACAAAGUGGAGGCCAAACUCUGAAUGGUGGCCAUCAUUGGACAUCUCAGGAUCAGCUUGUCUGGCUCAGCUCUACAUAGUCAGACUUUCAACCUGAGUUUUGCUUUCACCUGAAUGUUAACGUUCUGAGGUUCACUAUGUUAGUAUUAGUCUUAAAAUACACCUGAGGAUCAUUGGGGAUGUUUUAAGUGAUGAGUUUUAAAGGUCAUUCAAGAGACGUUUUGACUUGUAGCAGCGCUAGAUAAAAGUUGAGUAAAUUUAGUAGGAUCCAUCCUCUCGGGACAGUGUUGGCACCAAAGUUCAUCAAAUAAUUGACAAGGUAUUACACCCCAGCUCAAUGGACAGCCCAUCAUUGCAAUAUGACUGUGUAUAGAUUUGUUCUUUAUAUAUGACUUUACUUGGUUGCACAUUGCUGGUGGUAAUUGUACAUUUUUUUAAAAAUUGACAGCAUGUUAUUGAUGUGCUGACUGUCAAAGGUACUGUUAAACUAUGAAACAUUAUUUAUGUGAUAAACAUCAAUCAUAUACAUCGUUAGCUUUUUGUUAGCUUUCAGUUAUGGCAUGCACUGUACAUAAUGUUAUAUUCUGCAAGAUCAUUUAUCGGCUCUCCUUCAAAUAGUGUUUCAGUUCUUAGAACAAACACCAGAUGUCAGUAGAUAUAAGUUAGGCUCAUCCAAAUGUUAUUUAAUGUUUUAACAACAGUUACUGCUUUGUUCUUUGGAUACUGUACGAUAUAUUUAUGUAGAAAUUCAAGUAUCUUGUGACUCCCUAUGAAAUUAUCAAAAUAAAAAAUACAAAAUGUU